CGAGGCCGUGACAGUCAGUUGGGCCUGGUUGGGCUUCCUGGUCCGCAGCUCCGCCUCGCCUCGAUCUGGCCGGACAGUGGAAACACUUCUCAACAGAACAAAAGCGGCCGCGGACCAAGCAGCGAUCGCGACCGAACACCAGCUCUCAGUCGGGGGGAAAAGACGCCUAAAACGGGGGCAAGCGAGACUAAGUCCAAGGAAAGGGUGACAAACUUGGUCGCCGUCGCAUCUUGCCUUCCUUGGCCGUUAAUCCGACGAGGCGCUCGGUGAAAUAAGCCAAGGGUCAAGCCGCCAGACGGACGGACGAACGGACGGACGGGCAUUGUGUCCAGUCUUCUUCCAAACUUCGGCCAUUUAGAGCCGCCUCUUCAUUCAACGGAAACGGGACCCUUUUCAACUCGUUGUCCUUUCGCUCCGGGACAACGGAUUCUUUUGCGGCUUCUGCUCUGCUGUUUGCCUUCACGAAGCGGCUCUACUCGUCUUUGGAAACUUGAAGUGGAACAAAGCCUAAUAAGAAAAGGGUGAAACACCCGACUUGCAAGGCCCAGAUGGCGACCUUCGAUGAACAAAACGGCAGAGCGCACGUGGCCAAGAAGUUCUUGGAUAGCAAAACCACAAAGACUGUUUGUAAAGUAAAGCCAGAAGAUAAAGCCGCUGUUAAAGAUUUGCAUCUUCCUGCCAGGUCCCCCGAAAGCAACCCAGGCUCCGCGUCCAGUUUCACCACCAACCACAACGCUGUUGUGUGCUUGCCUCUUGUCUCAGAAGAACUGAAAUUGGUGUGGACACAUUCGGAUCAAACCCGCGAACUGGACUCCAUUCCAGAGCUCGUCCAAGCCUUUAACUUGUUUCCAUACCCGUCGUCACUCGAGGUCAACGCCCUCGCCCGGCUUUGCUCUUUGCCCUUGGACAAAGUGAAGGUUUGGUUUAUGGUACAGAGGAUCAAAUACGGGAUCAGUUGGUCAUCAGAGGAGAUAGAGGAGACGCGGCGGAAACUAUCAGUGCCAUAUUCUUUUGAUGACUCCGCUGAACCGAGCGAGGAAGCCAAAGUCAUCGAGGAGAAAGAUUCUGUCGCCGAACCUGUUUUGCCUAUUGUGUCUCCUCCGAAGAAGAAACCAAAAUGUGAAUCACCAGAUUCUUACAAACCAACCAAAUCCACUUCCCCGUGUUUCAGUUCCACAUUACCGCCGCCUCAGGAUUCCUACUUCUACCGCCCACCAAGUGACAUACCAUCAAGUGCUAAUGCGGUGGCUGCCAUCGCCGCCGCUGCUGCCGCCGCCGCUCCUGCCGCCGCCGCUCCUGCUGAGGUGUCCUUAGACCUUUCGGGCUCCUCUCCACAACAACACCGCCACGGACGCUACAAAAAGUCUAAAGCUCAGCUUGCUGCCCUUCGCAAGAGUUUUUUGAGAGAGAACUGGCCUGCAGAGGUGGAGCUUAGGCGCUUGCAGGAGGAGACCGGUUUGAGCCGCAACGACAUCCGAAAAUGGUUCAGCGACAGCCGUUACCAGCUUAGAGUCGGACGAGGAAGUCUGGCAGCGGCCCAGGGCUUUUCGAGCCUCCCAGCUGUAGGAGGCAAACACGAACAACAAAGCGAACCUCUUUCGCUCACGACUCAAAAGAGUCGUCUUUUUAAUCCGGCGGGGAAAGGCCAGGAGGUAGCCCGAAGCAAUGUGAUAAGAAAUUCACAUUUCUUCCAGACUUUCUUGUCUCACAGCCUUGAGGCUUUCGGGGAACGGGACCUUGAGGCGGAGGGAUAUGAAGCCAUGGAAGAUCUGUCUGGUGAUGGAGACAGUCUAAAAGACGGGGAGCAAAGCGAAGACGAACCUUUACAGUUGGUCAAGCCCUGCAAGCUGGACCAACAGGCUCCUCCGCAGGAACCGCCUGACGCAUGCAAAUCCUCUCCCAGCUCCUCCCCCUCCGGAACGCCUCCACCUGAGGCGUCGCCGUACAAACUGCCCCCCGACAACAUCAGCAGCGCAUCAAAGAAGUCCGAGCACUCGGCCAGGGGCAAUAAUCUACUACACCUCUCGACAGCGUCCACAUCCCGGUCAUCUGGCGGCAGACCCAGGAAGACCAAGGAGCAGUUGGCUUUAUUGAAGCAGCACUUCCUACGCUGUCAGUGGCCCAAGAGUGACGAUUACACAGAACUUGUUAGGAUUACCGGUUUACCUCGAGCUGAUGUUAUCCAGUGGUUCGGGGACACCCGUUAUGCGGUUAAAAACGGCCAACUGCGAUGGGUUAAGGGCGUCCGUGACAAAUUCUUGGCAGAGCUGGCCGCCCAGCAAAGUAACGCCGCCUUACCUAAUGGCUCAGGAUUGUCUCCGCGGGUUGGAGGGAGCCGCAAACGAAAAGCUCAAGUGAAUGGAACCGGCGCGGGUUGCCCGAACGUCCAACCGUUGGUACGGUAUUUUCUCUCAACGGGCUCACUCAACGAAAAAGACCUUGACACAUUAUGCAAGAAAUCCAAAAUGAGUUACCAGCAAGUGCGAGACUGGUUUUCGGCUCAGGUUGUGGGCGAGGUUCACCAAGAACCUCUUGUUGCCGAUGAAAGCGGUUGAAGCCUACAAAAGGGCUCGUGUUGACUCAGUACUCGGAUAUCGUCUCUACCAGCAAGCUUAGUCGUCACUUGGCGUGAUUACAUUUUUGCUUUACCUGAAGCAUUGCAUUGUAACAUUUAGUCUUCCAAGUACGAGCCCAGAUCAAGGUUUGAGGCUUGUAUAUUGACUUCACUUUCUGUUUAUCCUAAUAUAUUUGAAACGGAAUAACUUUGCUGCCCGUGUCGCUGUAAAUAGGAAAGAAAAUUGUACACUGGUUUGCUCUAUUUUUUUUCUCUUAUUUGUUUAGAUAUGAACUGCAGAAUAGCUCGUUGUAGCAGUAAUUUAAACUGGUGGCUCUUUUGGUACCCCAAUACAGUGGACGGACGAGACGACUUAGCCGCUGACAUUAUUGAGUAAUCAUUCCUUUCUAACCCAUUAUUCCUUGUGAGGAAUGCACACUGGACAUUUUCCCCUUUAAUUUGACAUCUUGCACUUUGGAUUUGGAGCCUGCUGCCGUUUUGUCCAAUUAUUUCAUGUACUAAACACUGUCCUCCUUCAA